UAGAGGUAAAUUUGACCAUUGUAUUUGACCAAAUUGGCCUUUAUUCUUUUUUUCUGGUCCAGUUUGUCCUUUAUUUUCAUUUGCACUUUCUCCGUCUCCGUCUCAGUCUCAGGCCACUUUAGAACUGAGUCCGCCGUCAUCCACUCCAAAUGCAGCCCCUAUUACUUGUCUCGGAGGAAUCUCAGUUUCUUCUUCGGUUACUGAACGGUAGUUUUCAAACCCUAGACAUCAUCAAAGACCGCAUUUUUCACGAUUUUGCUGAUUUAUUCUGCUCCAAAGCUAAUUUGGAUGUCAUAUACAUGAGACAAGAUAAUGUAGUGCAAAAUGUGAAUCGGGACGAGCAAGGAUCCAAAGAUUGGUCGUCUAAGGGGAACGAUUCGAAUCAGGAAGGGGAUUCGACAGUGGGUUUCAACGUGUUGGAUUCGAUGUUAAAGCGUAGUUUGGAUCGUCUGAAGAGUAUGAGGGAAAGAAUAUCGUCGGCUGAAGCAGGCAUUAGUAACUGCACCGUGGAAAUAAAUUUCAAUAAAGAUGCAUAUGUUGUUAGAGCUAUGUGUCUAGAUGGUAAACUGGGAGCAGCUUUAUCACUUUGGUGGAACAUGAUACAGAAUAGUAUUGUUCCUGAUGUUAUCACACACAAUUAUCUCAUCAAUGGACUGUGCAAAAAGGGUGAGUUGGAGAAGGCAGAAUGGGUUGUUAGAGGUAUGUUAUAUAGGGGUCCUUCUCCCACUUGUGCUGCGUACAACUCUUUAAUAAGGGGUUAUUGCGUGAUGAAUGACGUCGAUAAAGCUCUAAACACCUUUUCUACUAUGGCCAACCAGGGAAUUUUACCAAACAGAGUAACUUGUAACAUCCUUGUUCAUGCGCUUUGUAAGAAGGGGUUGUUGGAGGAGGCGAAAAAUCUUUUCCAUAAAUUAUUAAGCAAAAAUCAUGAGGGGGGGAGCUCAGACUUAAUUACAUCAACCAUAAUGAUGGAUGGCUGCUUUAAAAAUGGAGAUACUGAUCAAGCUCUUGCUUUUUGGGAGAGGAUGUUAAAAGAGUGUACCCAAGUUGAUAAAGUUUCUUAUAAUGUUGUUAUCCAUGGAUUCUGUUUGAGCCAUGACGUGGGCACUGCAUAUAAGUAUUGUUGUGAAAUGUUAAAGCUUGGUUUCGUUCCAGAUGUUUAUUCUUACAACACUCUUGUUGGAGAACUCUGCAAACAAGGAAAGACCAAUGAUGCUUGUUAUGUCUACGAUGUUAUGACAAGAAUGGGUGUCAUCCCAGAUCAAAUCACGUACAAAAUGAUAAUACAGAGCCUAUGUAUUAACAAGGAGAUUGAUAGAGCCAAUUGUUUUCUUGAUUACAUUUUAGAGAAUUCCAUUAUACCUGAACCACUUGUUUGGAAUGUUAUAAUUGAUGGUUAUGGCAGAUGUGGAGAUAUACAAAAAGCUUCAUAUAUUAGAGAAAAAAUGGUUGCCUUUGGUGUUAUACCAAACAUAUAUACAUUUAAUGCAUUAAUUUAUGCACAGAUAAAGUCAGGUAAUUUUUCUGCAGCUCAGUCUUUGGAGAAGGAGAUGCUUUUAUAUGGUCUUACACCUGAUUCAGUCACUUACAAUCUGUUGAUUGGUGCUGCUUGUAAUCUUGGACUGCUUCUCUCAGCACUUCAGCUACAUGAUGAAAUGCUGAGAAAAGGUUGUCAGCCAGAUGUAAUUACUUACACGGAACUACUUAAGUUGUUUUGUGUACAAGGUAUGAUGAAAGAGGCAGACAAGCUUUUUGGCAAGUUACUGGCAUCUGGUUUAGCAGUUGAUCAUGUUCCCUUUCUGAUACUCAUGAAAAGAUACUGCAGAAUGAGAGAAUUUAAUAAAGUCUUUGACCUUUACCAAAAGUGGUUAAUGACAAUGCCUAGAUGAGAACAUGUUCCCAAGAAUUAUUGUGAAGUUAAGGGCAACUAUAAAAGUAUUUAUUCCAGAAGAGAAACCUACUUCAGGCUUUUGCACAUGGUUGGCUUACAGAUUUUAGGUCCCGAAGCGUUGUCCUUGUAGCAGCAGCUGUCUCUGUCUCCUGGAGGGUUUGACAUGGGAGAACUUUCUGAUAACAGUCCACGAUUUUGAAGGCUUAGAUGCUUCAGUUUCACAUGUCACAAACUUGUUAUCAACUGAACCUGCUGCUCGGAAAUUUGCUUUGCCUAGGGAAAAUAUGGAAAUUGGAACCCUUAACUCGUCAACUUAAGGGCUAUUGCACGUCUAAGUGGUUGGCUUGCAAGUUGAAGAUAUUUGUCUGAGUAGCUUUGUAGAGCUUUUGGAUAAUAAACAGAGAGAGGGGGAGAGGGAUGGAGGGAGGGAGAGACAUUAUGGAAAUUGAAGAGCAAAAUUGAAGGACCACACGAGGCUUCAAGACGGGCCGUAUCUUUGCCACUUCUACUCUGUCAUGAAAUGUCUCUCAUUCAUGGCAUAACUUGAAUUCUCAAGGGUCUUAACCUCUGUUCUGCAAUACCUUAAUCUCGUUUUCACUCAUUCAUACCAAGUAAGAGAUACCAAUAAUGAAGAAAGCUGCACGUUAGACAAAUAACGCUUUCCUUUUCAUGAGCUAAUAAUCAUUGUAUGGACAAUUGCUUAAAUUGCAUCAUAUAGUGUUCUUACUCUAUGAAGGAUAUAAAAACACUCUUAAACUGGAGUUAUUCGUCUUUAUAAAACCAGACUAGUAAAUUGGGCCUAUCCUAUUGAGACCAUUUGUCCUUUGUAUUCCUGGGGUAUUCUACUUAUUUGGAUAACUGGCAUCUCAAGUAGUCCUUGAACUCCUACGAACAAACCUUUGUUGAUGUUGAUCGAAAAAAAAGGACUCUUGUUGCUUUCAGCUUGUAACACAAAACAAUUGUACAUCAUCUGAACUUUGAAUGUAUAUGCAAUUCUAUAUUUACCAGGUAUUGAUCAUUUAUAGGUGAUGAAGUUGUUCCUUAUAGAUAUGGAGAGAGGUCUACUCAUAUCCUGUUCACAGCUGGAUUUCGGAAUCUUGCAUUAAAAGCCUAUGACGGGCUAGAUCAUUACACAGUGCCACGGGAGAUGCACGAGGUCUGUAAUUGGUUAAGUGCAAGGCUUGGACUUGAGGGUUCCCGAUGAUGAACUCCACAAUGUUCAUCUUCAGAUUAGCCUCGGAAAAGAGCAUAGGAGAAGACGAUAAUGUAGGAGAAGAACACAGUUACACUAAAAUGUUGAGCCGUAUAAUAUCUUUAUAAAACGAAAGGGCAUUUAGUUCUCAUUUGUUACUGUCCCGUCGUCCAGGUCCUCGCCUUGUCCUUCAAAAAGAAGAAUCCUAUUAUGAAGUCAAUAUUUUAUUUAUUUUUAUUUUUGGUACCAAGUUUCUAGUUUAGUGGUAAGGUUUGGAGUUGAUUUUUUGGCCAGUGGUAUGGACUUUAAGUCCAAGGAAUCAAUGUACUCUACAUGAAACUGUUGGUUUUGGUACUCGUGAAUCUUUGACAGAACAAAUCAAAUAAUGUAGGUUAUGCAAAGCAUCUAUAUCUUUAUGUCAUUAACAGCAAA